CUCAUCAAGUGGGUCACGCAUUGAGCUCCGAAUGAAAAUGCGUCGGUUGAUUUCCAUUUCACAUUCAAGUUCAACUCUCCGUGGACCCUCUCAACUUGUCCAAUGCUAUCUCUCCACAACCACAAUCCCCGACGACACCACCGUCCGCCAAACCCUACUCUCUUUCAGCAACGACUGGAAGCGCGCCCUCGACUUCUUCAAUUGGCUCGAGCACGAGCACGAGCACGAGCACUUCCGCCACUCCACCGACACCUUCAACCUCAUGCUCGACAUCCUCGGCAAGUCCUUCGAGUUCGACCUCUGUUGGGACCUCAUUCGCCGCAUGCACGCUCCAAACCACACCACCUUCCGCGUCAUGUUCAAGCGCUACGUCUCCGCUCACGCCGUCAACGACGCCAUCAACACCUUCCACCGCCUCCACGACUUCCACCUCAAGGACCACACCUCCUUCUCCCACCUCAUCGACGCGCUCUGCGAGUACAAGCACGUACUCGAGGCACAGGAAUUACUCUUCGGAAACAACAACAACAACAUCGACAUCGACAUCGACAUCGACAUCGACAUCGACGCUAUCGGGAACACCAAGAUCCACAACAUGGUGCUCCGCGGCUGGUUCAAAUUAGGGUGGUGGAGCAAGUGCAACGAGUUCUGGGAGGAGAUGGAUAGAAAAGGGGUUCGGAAGGACCUACACUCUUAUUCAAUUUACAUGGAUAUCUUAUGCAAAGGUGGAAAGCCUUGGAAGGCUGUGAAACUCUUCAAGGAGGUUAAGAGGAAGGGUUUCAAAUUGGACGUGGUGGUGUACAACAUUGUCAUUCGAGCCAUUGGUAUUUCCCAAGGGGUUGAUUUCUCGAUUAGGGUUUUCCGUGAAAUGAAGGAGGAGGGUAUUAGCCCCACUGUUGUCACUUACAACACCUUGAUUAGGCUUUUGUGUGAUUGCUAUAGGCACAAGGAGGCGCUUGCUUUGCUUCGAACCAUGCGUCACGAUGGUUGCCACCCCACUGCCAUUUCUUACCAUUGCUUUUUUGCCUCCAUGGAGAAGCCUAAACAGAUACUUGUUAUGUUUGAUGACAUGAUUCAGAGUGGGGUUAGGCCCUGUAUGGACACCUAUGUCAUGCUCCUGAACAAGUUUGGGAGGUGGGGGUUUCUUCGUCCCGUUUUUAUAGUGUGGAAUAGAAUGGAACAACUUGGGUGUAGUCCUGAUGCUGCUGCCUAUAAUGCCUUGAUAGAUGCUCUUGUGGACAAGGGCUUGAUAGAUAUGGCUAGGAAGUAUGAUGAAGAGAUGUUGGUGAAAGGACUUUCACCAAAGCCAAGGAAAGAGUUGGGGACGAAAGUGUUGGGAGGAGAAUUAGCUGAUGAUUAGGUUUUAUGUAAGUUCCAUACAGAUGAUAGAUAUUAUUGUGCCCUGCGUAGAAAAGCAUGUGCUGGGAAAUCUUUACAUGUAGAUCACUUUGCUCAUCAACAUCAUCAUUUGCCAACAUUUUCAAUUCUUUUAGUAGAUCAACAUAGUAUUGGCAUAAAAUCGUCACAUCAACAAUGAUUGUAGGAUCAUCCUGAUAGCAGUUGUUGACUCUGUAUAUGCCAUUGGGAAAUUAUUAUCUUCACUUCACACAUUUCAUGACACAUGAUAAUUCUUGACCUCAAACUCAGUCCAUUUCUUCUCCUUCUAGUUUUUGUUCUUGCUUUGUGGACCUUUUUUCUUUCUUUUUGUAAUGCUGUGCUGAUUUGAACAGGUUGGGAUAAUAUGUAGAAAGGUGUAAUUUCACCCUCUCUGAUUACAAGGAUUCAGACUCACAAUUCUGCUAGUUCAAUAUAGAAGUAUGCAGAAAGGUGUAAUUUCGUGUUCUCAUUUAGAUGGUGAAAUAUAUCUAGAGUCUAUAUAUCAAAUGCAAUGUGUAUUUCAUACUAUUGGUAAUCAACCAACUAAAUUUGAGAUUUUUAUGCCUGAAAAAAAAAAAAAAA